AUGAUCCCUGACAACAAUGUCAGAAGAACAACACAGAUGAUCCCUGACAACAAUGUCAGAAGAACAACACAGAUGAUCCCUGACAACAAUGUCAGAAGAACAACACAGAUGAUCCCUGACAACAAUGUCAGAAGAACAACACAGAUGAUCCCUGACAACAAUGUCAGAAGAACAACACAGAUGAUCCCUGACAACAAUGUCAGAAGAACAACACAGAUGAUCCCUGACAACAAUGUCAGAAGAACAACACAGACGAUCCCUGACAACAAUGUCAGAAGAACAACACAGACGAUCCCUGACAACAAUGUCAGAAGAACAACACAGAUGAUCCCUGACAACAAUGUCAGAAGAACAACACAGAUGAUCCCUCACAACAAUGUCAGAAGAACAACACAGACGAUCCCUGACAACAAUGUCAGAAGAACAACACAGAUGAUCCCUAACAACAAUGUCAGAAGAACAACACAGACGAUCCCUGACAACAAUGUCAGAAGAACAACACAGACGAUCCCUGACAACAAUGUCAGAAGAACAACACAGAUGAUCCCUGACAACAAUGUCAGAAGAACAACACAGAUGAUCCCUGACAACAAUGUCAGAAGAACAACACAGAUGAUCCCUGACAACAAUGUCAGAAGAACAACACAGAUGAUCCCUGACAACAAUGUCAGAAGAACAACACAGACGAUCCCUGACAACAAUGUCAGAAGAACAACACAGACGAUCCCUGACAACAAUGUCAGAAGAACAACACAGAUGAUCCCUGACAACAAUGUCAGAAGAACAACACAGAUGAUCCCUAACAACAAUGUCAGAAGAACAACACAGACGAUCCCUGACAACAAUGUCAGAAGAACAACACAGACGAUCCCUGACAACAAUGUCAGAAGAACAACACAGACGAUCCAUGAAAACAAUGUCAGAAGAACAACACAGACGAUCCAUGACAACAAUGUCAGAAGAACAACACAGACGAUCCCUGACAACAAUGUCAGAAGAACAACACAGAUGAUCCCUGACAACAAUGUCAGAAGAACAACACAGACGAUCCCUGACAACAAUGUCAGAAGAACAACACAGACGAUCCAUGACAACAAUGUCAGAAGAACAACACAGACGAUCCCUGACAACAAUUUCAGAAGAACAACACAGAUGAUCCCUAACAACAAUGUCAGAAGAACAACACAGACGAUCCAUGACAACAAUGUCAGAAGAACAACACAGACGAUCCAUGAAAACAGUGUGACCUCAAUAGUACAACACAUACUCCCCCUGACAACAGUGUGA